AUUCUAUGAGUUAUAGCAUUACCUUACGCAACGUGUGGCUUAAGUUUAAAAUUAUUUUUUGAGGUCUGUUGACAGAAUUGUUUUAAUGAAGAAUGGAUAAAGAGUCACAGGAAACGUGGAAAUUGUUAGACGUUCAAGAUACUUUAGAAACGGAGGAUUCGAAACCAAAUGAAGACGAGUCCCCUGAUCCCGUAUAUGCUGAGAGGCUGAACUCCGCACUAGCAGCGGCAGAGUACGGGCGCUUCCACUUGCUGCUGUGGGCGGUGUGCGGCGGCGCCCACCUGUCGGCGGCGCUGGUGCCGAGCGUGCUGCGCCUGCACGCGGCGGCGGUGCUGUGCGGCCUGCGGCUGUCCGAGGACGACCAGUUCCUCGCCAACUGCGCCACCUACGCAGGCAGGUCCACACUCGCGCCUGCCUGGCCGCCAUCUGGCGGCUGGACUCUCAGUGAUCCGUCCGUCAACGACCCGCACAUUCGUCAAUCACACAAGGCUUACAUGGUUGUGAUAAUUGAUAUUUUAUAGAUAUAUUAAACUGAAGAUCAUGAAAGCUAAGCACUCAAUAAAUGAUCAAACUAAUUUUUUUCCACCUUCUCAGUUGUUAAAAUUUUGAUCAAACGUAAGUUAAUCGGAAGCAGCUAAACAAAUAAACGUACUUAAAAACCUUUCAAGAUAGUAAAGGUUGCCGACAAUAGAUAGCUUGCUGUCAUGUUGAAGGAUAUUUCAACCAUCGGUCGAAAGUUACAGCUUGGUAAGGUUUUGACGGUCGGACGGAUAGAAUUUCCCGGGCCAUCUCAUUGGCUGCUGGUCACGUGAUUGAAGUACGGGCGGGUGACGGAUCAUUGUAAGUCCAGAUUAGGUGUGCCUGAGACCAGGAACCGAGGUUUCUACAUCUCACUCUGUGCACGCUCUUCCAGAUUCACCCUACGUCUUUGUCUUGGAUCGGCGGUCUGGGUGCUUGUCUUGCAGGAUGAAAUGGACACACGGGCCUAGAGUGUGCUAUAGUAUGUAGUUCUUUGAAUGGUUCUUGUGAAACGUCCAUCGUACCUCUAAAUUAAAUUAUUUUAAAUUAAUUAAAUAACCCUUGGAAACUGCUGGGUUCAAAAAUAUUGAGGAAAUUAAAGUUAUUGACGAGAUGUGGCACUAGGUGGAGAACAAGACAAUUUGGAACUCCCUGCACAACAGUAACUUGGGAGCUAGUGUAUCGUUAAAGAGAAUAAGGUAUAUAAUAGAUAAAUAAACACUACACAAGUAGCUUGGUCUAUAGAUUCCUGGUUUUAUUUUAAAAUGUAAAUAAUUAAUUUGGUUUUCCAUUUGUUUUGGCAUUUGUAACUUUCCCAUUGAAAGGUAUUAACCAUAUAUUUAACUUAUUUGAAAAUGGGCCGGCCCGAUAUUAUUAAAACAACACAUAUUCAACUUUAACAAACGACGAUUACAUAAACAAAAAAUUUGAAGUAUCACACCAAAAUUUGAUUCUUCCAAUGAUUACAUAGAUAAUUAGUUUUCUUGAUUCUACAUGUUCUUGAGGAUUAAGUUUUUAAAUCACUGCUCGCUGGUAGGCUCUCAUUCUUUUAUGUAGUUCGUAGAUAGAAAGGGGGGAGAUGUUUAUUUUACAUUAUCACCCGGAUCUUCGCGGUAAGACGUCGGGCCGGGAAAGAUCUCUUCUAACGGGACUCGGAGCUCGAGGUCCAGGACAACAAGCUGGGAGCAAUUUGUCUUCCCAGCACUUGGACCCUGUCUGAAACACAAGUCAAAUUCAAAACGAAUUAGACCUGCUUCCAGACAGUCAUACACAGUCGGCGCGAAAGGCCAACAAACGGGAAUUUGGGAAGGAGAAUAAAAGGCCGGAUUACUCACCAAACAGGGUGUAGAUUCAGGGCUCACGAGAUGUCUCGUGCCGACAUCAGGAUGGCGCGCACCGAGAAAUCGCGGAUGACGGGAAAGAAACCAAAUUUUUAGGAAAAUAAAAAAAUAAUAAAAUUUAACUAAAACUGACUUUUUCUAACGACUACUCCUGACUGGCUACUGUACAAAUGGGAUUACAUCCCUCAAGACCGCUGACUGCAUUCUUAAUAGAAAGUGUUUCCGUCGUAGCCGCGACAAGAGACGGAGAGAAGUUUCGCCCGAACUGCUGCGCGGUUAGAAGCCAAUGUCAGAGUCCCCUCAUGGAGGACCACACUCCUAAUUAAAACGGGCGCUAAGGCCCUAGGUCAAAGGAAGGGGAAGGUUCGGUUCUAGGCCGAAAAUAUCCGAAGGAGUCCGAGGCGGGCGUGACAACAACACGACAUGCGCGCUCUCUACCGGCGGUAACAGGAAGCAACAUACAAUCGAAUAUAACAGGUCGCUAGGAGGAAGCAUAGGGCCUUAUGGCGUAGCUGGUGGAGCGCUCUGAUGGCAUAAAGGGAAACUAAACGGAGGCGGUGAACUGAACCGCCGCCAGCUGUCACUGGUGUUGUCUCUGCUCGCUGGCCACCAGGGCCGAAGUUGCUUUUUCUGCUGCUAGAUGUCGUGUAGGUCUCUGUAGGACAAGGGAGAAUGUCCUUGGAGCAGGCCAUCGUCUUGGCGAGGUUCACGUCAGGUCACUGCUCCUAGCAUAAUUUCUCAGAACUAAAGGGGAUGGAGAGAGAGGGGAGGGUGGACAGAAAACGCCACUAGGCUGGGAACGGAGGUCCACUGGAUACUUGUUUCGUGCCGAGUCUCGCUACUCUCAGCAGGCCUCUAAGAAGUAGCAGCUUGCUGGCCAGAAGCUGCUCUAUGCAAUUUUGGUCAUGCAGGGAGUUAAUAUUACAAACCCAGGACGUGACUGCAGGCGAGAGAAAUUUCAACCGGGCUGCCCACGUCCACAUUAGACUAGCAAAAUAUCAGAUUAGCCCCUGAGAAAGGUGCUUUAGUCCACUGGCACAAUUUUUUACUACGUGGCGUACACCAGCCUAACAAAGAGAAAAUCCCCCCUUUAGGAACCAGAUAAAUUGAAAAAAAAAAAUUCCAAAAUUAAUUAAAAAAUAUAAAAACAAA